AUGGCACUAUGUAGGAGGAGAAGAUCGUUUACAGUGGAAUAUAAAAUUCAAGCCGUCAAAUAUUUAAGAGCUAAUAACUGUAAUGUAUCUAAAACAGCGCGAGAAUAUGGUGUUGAGCGUGUUAGAAUUCGAGAGUGGAAUAAAAAUUAUGUUAAAUUAGCCGCAGAAAAUGAAGGCGAUCGCAAGAAGAAACGUAAAUUACAUGUUGGUCGCCGACCUAUAUCUAUCGAUUUAGACAAUGCUGUCUAUGAAUAUUAUAAGGAUGAAUUAGCCAAUAAUCGAUUGGUAAGUAAUAAAUUGCUUAAAAAGAAGGCUUUAGAGUUAGCUAAAGAACUCAAUAUUAGUCAGACAUUUCGAGCUAGUGACACGUGGUUGAAACGCUGGAAGAAACGCCUGGGGAUAUCAUUGCAUAAGUCGAACAAUAGUAAUUGUUAG